AUGGAGUCAUUCGAAACAAUACCGAUGGAUAGCAGCAAUGGCGGUAAUAUAAAUAAUGUUAACAAGGGUUGUAUUAACAAUUUCAUGUAUUCGUCUGUGCCAAACAUGAGCAUGGAAAAUGGGUCACAGCUAAAGUUUUUGGACGAAGAUCAACAGAAGCAGAUACAGCAACAUCUAUUUCACCAGCAAUUGCAACAACAGCAUCAACUGUCGCAGUUGCAACAUCAAGGUGAACUGGUUCCACAAGACGAUCUAGCUAGACGCGCAAGCACCAGUGGUGGACAGGGCCAGGCAGUUCAAACGUCUGGCUCGUCAUUCUUACCGUCGUCUUCAAGUACACACUCGCCCCACACCCUUUUAAUUGCGGAUCUAUAUGUGUAUCUUGUUUCUAAUGGAUUGAGAGAUACCGCCAACUCACUCUUUGAGGAGAUCAGUACUGGCCUUGACUUGAAAGAUAAAGAUACGUUGAACAAAUUAAUUGAAAGCAAGCUUUCUGGAAAGAAUAAAAACGACACAUUCUUAGAAGACUGGUGGGAGUUGCUAUGGGGAACGCAUUCGAAUUUUAACCCACUAUUGAGCCUGGCAUCUAAUGCUCAGGGUGGAAUGAAGUCGGGUGUCGUGAAAACGAAUGACAUGGUUCCGGUUUCGAAUUUUGCAGGCGCAGGAUUAGGAGUAGGAGCAACAAAGGCAAUGCCACCGCCAAUGUCAAAGCAGUUGCCUAAUACGAACCUAAUACAAUAUCAGCAACAGUUAAGGUUGCAGCAGUUAAGACUUCAGCAGCAACAAAACCAGCAGCUCCAGCAACAAGCUAAUUCUCCGUCUACGGGACAACGACAACACUUACAAGCCACAGGCCCUGGUGGACAAGGUGCACAAGGUGGACUGGGGGCUCCGAUAGGAGCUAACCAGAUAGGUACUCCAGGAGCUACAGGAGGAGCGGGAGUUGCUACCGCCGGAUCAACCGGUCCCACAACUUACCCCCAAAAUCAGGCACUAAACGACUAUCAAUUGAAUUUGUUGUCAAUGGAAUACCAAAAUAACCAACAGAAAAAACAAUUCAUGAUGAUGAAGCAGCAACUCCAGUCUCCUGGGGUAGCAAAUACAAGCAAUAAUGACAUAGCAAAAGCUGAAGCUGUUUCUCAAAGUCAACAAAUGGCUCAACAACAAGCCAUAUUACAACAACAAAUGUUCAUGGCUCAGCAGCAGCAGCAGCAGCAGCAGCAGCAGCAGCAGCAGCAGCAGCAGCAGCAACAGCAACAGCAGCAGCAGCAGCAGCAGCAGCAACAGCAACAGCAGCAGCCGCCUCCAAGAAUGGGGUCUGUAGGUUCUCAAGCCCAACAAUCGCCUGUUAUGGUACAGAAAACGCCACAGCAACAGCAGCAGCAGAUUCAACGACCGGCCCAGGCACAGAGCCAAACACCUGCACAAGUGCAGGCACAAGCACAGGCACACCGUCCAUCAAAUGGAGGUUACAAUGUUAAUGCCGACGAACAAAAACAACUUCAGAUACAGUUUCAAUUCCAGCAACAGCAGUUCGAACUCAUGCAGAAGCAACUGCAAGAACAGGCACAGCAGGGUCAAUUUACACAAGGACAGCCCCAACAGCAGCCCCCACUGCAACUGGGAGCUCAGCCCCUGCAAUCUAUACAGCAGAAUCAAUUACAAAAUGGGGCGAACGACUCGACUACUGAUAUGAACUUGGUGACACAAUCUUCCGCCAUCCCCAUCGAGAGCUGGCUACACAACUUAGGAGCAGGGCCAGGAUUUACAUAG